CUCUCUCUCUCUCUCUCUCUACACGCUCGUUGCCUUUUCCCCAACUGGCGUACUCCCAGGAAAGGAUUGGUGAGCACGCACUCCUGCGACGUUGCCCGUGUAGGACACAGCGAUCAGACCAGCCAGGGACAGAGCAACAGCAGUGGAGGCACCCGCACGCAACAAAAUGAAAGAUGAAGGAGCCUGACAGGCAUAGGGCAGGCUUCAGGUUCAAAUUACGGUGCCCCUCGACUGCGGAGCUCCCGCUCCGCCUAACUCCUCCGCUUGUCUGUGCUGCUGCCUCUCCCAGCACACCACAGCAGGGACCACUCACUGCAGCGACGUGCGAUACGUAGGUUGCGAGUGAUAUCAUCAUUCUGACGAGCGUUUAAGGUGCAAACGGGAGGCGGUCGGAACAGGAGGUGCACGGGACCUUUCUCGAGAUCGGAGCGACAUUCAAACCAGCCGUCCGUGCGGCAUACCACACAGAGCGCACUACAAGCACCACGUGGGGAGGAGGCGAAGGUCUCGGCUCGAGCUGCACCGCUGGUGCGUCUGUUUGGUGGGGGGAAGGAGGGUAACACAUCAUGUCAAGGCGAGACGUCAGGGUUCUGUCGGCUGCCGCCGCCGAGCCGUACAAGGCCGUGGUUUUCGGCAGCACGGGGGCCGUCGGCAAGGAGGUCGUCCGAGCCCUCGCGGAGUCGGAGCAGUGCCAGUCGGUCGUUGCCGUCGUCAGGAGGCUCACUCCGGUGUCCGAGUGGAGGGGGGAUGAAACCAAACGCAAGACCGGCGGCAGCGACGCCAACUUCAAUAAGGUCGAGGUAAAACGCAUCAACUACGACACUCUCGAGACAUCUCUCCCGGAACAAGAGAUGCGCGGGAAGCAGAUUGUUUUUUACUGCCUCGGCACGACCAGAAGCGACGCCGGCAGCGCUGCAAACUUCAAGAAGGUUGACUUCUCUUACUUGGAAGGCGUGUGCCAGCUGUGCCGGGUGGCGGGGGUGGACCACUUCUCGUUGGUGUCGAGCCAGGGAGCGUCGGCUUCGAGCCCGCUGCUCUAUCCGAAGGUCAAGGGCCAGUGCGAGCAGCUUGUGCGAUCAGCCGGCUACCCGCACACGAGCAUCUGGAGGCCAGGUCUACUCGGGAGGGGCAGCAAGGCUAGGGGUGUGGAGAAGAUGGCCCGCUUCCUGGUUACCCCGAUGCCCGUGGAGACGCUAGGGCGUGCCAUGGUCAUGGAGGCGGAGUCCAAGCUCGGGGCCCCGCCUAACGACCAGGUCAUGGUCUUCUCCAACAAGGACAUCAAGAAGAUGAUGGGAAACCGUUCCUCUUUGUCCUCGCCUUGAUUUGCCAUUGGUGCGGUUGCGCUUUUCCCUAUUAUAGUUGCUUGACUCAGUGAUGUGCUCAGUACCCUUCGCAAGGUUACUACUAGAACAAGUUGGAUAAAAGCAUACAGUCGGGGAAGUUGUGUUAGGGUUUGGGUUAGGGAAUAUGGUCUGCGUACCCCCUCCCUGUUCUAUUUCCUCAAAAAACUUAAUUUCCCGCGAAGGCGGUGCGAUGUACUACUUCAUGGCGCGGUGGAAGAAAUGUACUACCGCUGCUGGUACAACUGUUGCUCCUGCUGUUCCAUACGAAAGGCUGGUGAACGCUUGUGGGAGGGAGACCGGGAGAUCAUGAUGCUGCUGCUGGUAGAACUGCUGCUGCUGCUGCUGCUGUUCUAUACGAAAGGCUUGUGUACCAUGAACGCUUGUGGGAGCGAGACCGGGAGAGAAUGAUGAGAAUUGAUGGGAUUCAUGCGUUCGUAUCCACGUACGCACCAAGCGUAGGAGGAGAGCAUCCUUAGUGACGCCGCAACCCGCCAUCCGGGGAAGAUAGGCCUUCCGUUGCUCUUAUGUUCUUGUUCGUACCACGUAGUGUGGUCGUCGCUUCGAUUUUUGUUGAGCACUCUUGUAUUGCUGGGGGGAGCGACGGAGAGAAGAGGGAGGGAAAGAGAGACAGAGAGAGAAAUGUUCACUAUCAAGUUUUCUAUUUUUGCUCUGUUUUUUCCUGUUUUUUUCCUGUUUGUUUUCGUUCGAUGCCCCGUUUCGAUUCCUAUUAGGAGCUUCGGAUGACUACCUUCCGUGUCCCGCUGCUAUUCGCCAUCCGUGAUUAACUUUUUUUUUGUUAGUUAUUGUUCACUUGUUUGUUCCGUCGUUGUAGCUGUCGUUAUCUUGCUUGCCCGUGUUGUCCGAGCGCGUCGAGCGUCGUACAAUCAACGCGGAGGGAGCAGCAAGAAGAGCAGUAGCGACGAUAGUUGUUCAAAGACCCCCUCUUGCUGCCUGCCGUGCCCCUGUUGCCCGUCCCUUAGGAUUGUACCACUGCUCUGCUGUUGAUGGCCGACUAGUAACUGGUUUAUCCGCGUGUCUGGCGCAAUUGCGCGAGUACCAUGUCGAUGAUUAGCGCCGCUGAAGUUUGCUGCUUGUUGUUUAUACACAUGGCAAUAGCUGCUGCGCUCGUCUCCUGAAGGAACCUGUCGUUUCUUGUCCACUCGCCUCUAUCUGUGCGUUUGUUUAUCGUGUUUGAGGGAACUACAACUUGUAACAUACAGUUUCGUUUUUUUUUAGUAGUAGUUGUAGCAUGAGUACAGUGAAUACACGGUGCUCGUGUUCCCGGCUGACCUAGUGGGGGCACAACAGCCUCUCUCUUCGUUGCACGAAGGAAGUUGAAAAGCACGCGUGUUAUGGUGUCGGUCGUAAUUUAUCGCAGAAACUUUUCAAUUAGUCUUAUGUAUGUUAACACAAAGCACCAAGAUUCGAAAAUGGAACAACCACCAGCAUCCCCUCUUGGCUUGCAUCCGGUUUCUUGUUUUGGUCAAACGGAAAGCAGCGUGAGUGAUCAUCCGCCCGCGUGUUCAACCCGUAUGUAUACAGGAUCGUCUUCCGAUCACUACUGUUUCCGCUUAUUUGCUUUUCUUCUGGUUGACGACGUUCGUUCACUGCGCUUCCCUCCCGCUUUAUGCACAAGUGGCACUAGGACGGGUGCACGGAUGGGAAUGAAAGAGAGAGAAAUACACGUGGUACUUGGUAGUGACCGGUGAUCAUCGUGUCUGAGAAUGAGAACAGAAAAAAUGUGACGCCAAUCGACGUUUCUCACGGCCUUCACGUGGGCAACAUCGUUGGAGGAAAAACGUUAAUGACCUGCAACCAUCCGUCGAAUCAUAAUCAUCAGGCUUUUCCGGCUGGCGUGACAGUGUGGCCGGCGAACGGAGUUUGACAUGCCGGAAGUGUCUCACGAAACAUGGAGUGGCGUCUGUGUCGCGGGACAACUAUCGUGGUUAGUUGAUUGCGCGGGCGAGUUUCCGAUCGAUCCGCCGCUAUGGUCUUUGGCUGUCUGGGUGGCUGCGUGGCACUUCGUCGCGCGACUUCUUUUUUCGAUUGGUUGGUGAAAAAGGCACGCCACACGUGUGCGUCUUGUCCCAUGUGACGAAAAGGGGGAAGGAUCAUCGACCACGAAUUUGUGUGCAAUGUCAGUGCAUGCAUGCGUUUUGCAUCGACGGACCCACUGAAAAAAGAUGAGGAUGUCUCAAGGACCAUCCUGUUGGUUGUCUUGUGUACGCCCCUCUCACGUCCACGACGUCUUGGAAUUUGGAUUUGGGCUUUCAUCGUCCAUGUGUGGGCAAAACAAGAUCAGUACAAAAAAGUUUCCCCGGCGUUGCAUAUAAUCCAGAAAAUAUUACUUUCCUUCUGCAAGUAUUUGUCGAAAAUAAAGCUUCAGACCACCACCCUCUCCCCGGACACCCAAAACAAACACCAAGCCCCUCUACACCUUGCCGUCAGGAUGAUACCUCGUACAAUUUUGACCCCCGACUCUACCCCUCUACCCCCCCACCGUGCGCCUCUUUCUCGAACCAAUCCGGUUCCGUUUUAAGUCGGAAGGUGUCCACCUCAAGCGUACGAUACCAACCCCACGUCUCGUGACAGCGGCGACACAUCGCUACCAAGCGUUCCCCGAAAACUACCGCACGUACCCUACCUACGUACACCGAUUGGAAGUGUGCUCGCCUAAGAAACAAAUAUCUGCUCGUAACCGUCUACCGUUCCGCAUUGCUACCCGUUUCGAACACGAUCCGUAACCGGCACAGUGCGGAACCGCAACGGUUGCAAGCUGAAAGCUGCAGCGGGUCUCGCACAAGUACAACCGGGCGGGGGGAGCGGUGGCAGCAGUAGCAGCGGGUAGAUGGACAAGAUGCGGGACAUCCGUCCCUCGCCGGACCGUCACAAGAACCCUUCUUCCAAACCUUCCGCGACCCGUCUAGAACACCUGGAUAAAGCGUCUAUACAGCAAACAAAUGUUGCAACACAUGCCGUAAACCGCGCGUAUGCAACCUAUUUACCGUUUGCCAACAGCAAACGAUAACCAACCAGCCCCAUUCUAGAUUUUGAUGCACCUUCAAAUUCGCCAUUAUGUCUUGCCGCGCCUAAAACAUGCGGAAUCGCCACAAACCACCAAAGCGGCGAGCAAUGCUUGGAACGUCUUCGCCCACACGUGCAACAGUCAUUUGCCACGUGCUGCUGCUGAAGCUGCCGACAAAAAUGUCUAAGCGAGUCAACGAGGCACGAUAGUGUGUCAAGCAACACGUGGCAAGGCUUAACGAACCCUUUUUUAGCCACAGACCUUGCGACGCUCUCGUAUCCAAUCGACCAUUCGUCGAAACCUUAAACCGCCCCCCCCCCCC